AUGAGGAAAUGCUAUCAUGGUCUGUUCGAAAAUAAUUUUGUUCGCCGCACUAUUUCGUUAUGCAGUUGGAGGUUUUCAGCAAAUAAUAGAGAGCUCUUCAGAUGUAGAGACCCACAAAAUUGAUAUCAUAGCUGAAAUAAUUAAAAACAAUUUAAAAAGUAACGGAUGGAAUAACAUUUUAUUUGUCGGGACAUUGCCGAACGCACUAUAUAACAACUUAAAAAAACUGCAAUUAACUAGCACUGUUUCCGAUAUAGACGAAGAGGAUGAGCAAAUUGAAAACGUUGUACCCUACCACUCUAAUGUAAUCAUAUUAAACUGUCUAAAUUUCGAAGAUUUUGAAAAUGCUAUGACAAAAACGGUAACUCUGGCCUAUUGGCAUUCUCUCGCAAACAUUAUUGUAUAUUAUCAUGCCCCGUACGAGAAAGAGAUUAUUGCUAAAAUAUUUUUUAUCUUCUGGUAUUAUAGAGCUAUAAAUGUAGUAAUUGUGCAUUAUAAAGAUUCAGAGGAAACAAUGAUGUUAACCCAUUUUAGUCCUUAUAUGAGCGACAAUUACCAACUCAGUAAUAUGUUCGGUUGUUGGACAGCAAAGAAAAUAGGCAUGUCCAUUGGAACUUUUGCAGACAGCUUCAUUUGUGUAAAUCAUUGUCAUAAUGUGACACUGAAUUCAAAAUUGAGAGCUGACUAUCUCGGGACUUGUAUUGGAUAUGAUACACUUUCAAUAUUAUAUUAUGAAAGUGUGAAAAACAUUCAAAAUUUACCAUUAUUUGAAGAUAAAGGAAAAAAUCUGCAUGGUUUUACGCUGCGAGCAUUUAGUAUAGAAGUGUUACCCUUCCUAGGUAUAAAAGAGCAUGACAAUGGCACCUACACCCUUUACUGUAGAGAUGGGAUGAUCUGGAAUACUAUGGCCGCACUAUUAAAUUUUACUAUUGACCUGUCUUCUGGAAAAGAACUAAUGAAAAAACAAUUUGAUUUCGAAAUCAAUAUUCAGCGAGUGUUUUCAUUUAUGCAAAGAAAAGAAGAUUUGAUAUUAUUUCCUAUUUAUCAAUUUGAUAUAAUUAUAGCUGAGAUAGAAUAUACGUUUCCAUUGAUAGAUAGCGGUGUUUGCUUCUUGUCACGACGCGCCGACUUUGAGACCAUAAUAUUUAAUGCAAAACUGAUACAAACGAAUUUAGGUGUUAUAUUUCAGUUUGUGCUGUGUUUUCUUUCUACUUGGUUUGUAUUUUUUAUAUUUAAUUUGGAACAGCUCCAAAAAUUCAGCUUAGAUCAAGCUGGAAAAGACUUGAUAAAUGCUUUCAGAACAGUUUUAUCAAUUAGUCUUUAUAAUCCGCCUCAACGAGGAUCUUUUCGAAUAUUUUUGACGAUAUCCAUUUGGAGCUUUUUCGUAAUAAAUUUUAACACACAAGCUGCUAUAAUUUCUUUAUUUUCUGCUCAUAAACGUGGAAAAGAUGUAGAUACGUUUGAAGAUAUAAUUGAGAAAGGAUACAAAAUUGAAGGGAUGGCGUCACCAGAUGUUAUUCUUCCAGAAACUGAAGAAAAAUACAUAAUCAUUACUUCUCGAAUGGAACCCGUACCAGACAUGUAUACUUGUGUAAACCAUUUGGUUAACGAUAGCCACAGAUUUUGUAUCAUAGACUGUGCUAAUGGCCGCUAUUUAGUGCGAAAUAUGUUAGAUGAAAAAGGUCAACAAUUUCUACAUAUAGCUUCUGAUGCAAGAAUUCAUAGUCACUAUUUACACAUGAUGCUUCAUAAAAACAGUCCUAUAACUCCAUAUUUCAAUGACUAUAUGAUGAGAUUAUUUGAAGGGGGUAUAAUAUGGAAAUGGAUGGAAUACCGGUAUAAAAAUAUAAAAGAAGAGGUACCGGUAGAACCUUUAGGAAUGGAAGAAAUGGAAGGUAUAUUCAAAUGCUACUGGUUGUUGGUUGGACUCAGUUUUGUUAUUUUUGUCAUUGAAGUCUUUCUAGGAUUUUCCCGAUGGGCAAAGCAAAAGUUCAGGCAUUACAUUAAUUUGAAAAAGAUAAAGAAUAAUAACACAAAAAAAUUUAAUACAAAACUUUAAGGAGAAAAUCACGCCAACAUGUCCAAGGAAACUAUUUAUUAUUCAAAAUAAUUUUCA